GAAUCCUGGCAGGGAGCACCCACGUUGCAGAAAAAAAACAAUUAACGUAAAGUCGCUUAACUUAUUAAAGUGUUUAAAACCUUCAUCGACUAACUUUUCAUUGUGAGACGCAAAAACUAGGUUUUAUUGUUGUUCCAGGGGCGCGAUAAAAUACUUAACAGAUGAAGAUACAAUGAAUGCAACUUCACCCAAGUCCUCAUUGGCAAAAUUGGGUCUGUAUCCAAGGCAAAAGUCAUUAAAGGUAAUGGUCCUAGGACAAAGUGGAAUAGGAAAGACAGCAAUGGUAGUAAGAUUUACAACGAAAAGAUAUAUUGGAGACUAUGACCCAACCCUUGAAAAAGUUUAUGCUCAUCAUACAGUAAUUGACAACGAAAUGAUGUAUUUCGAUAUUUUGGAUACAGCCGGACAACCCCAUGAAAGUGAAUAUUUGGGACUGGAAGCUAAUAUAAGAUGGGCCGAAGCUUUCAUCCUUAUGUAUUCCGUAACUGAUAAGUGUUCGUUCGACGAAUGCUAUAGGUUAAAGUUCCUGAUAAAUUAUAAUAAGCGUAGGCGUAAGUUGGGAAGCAGCAGCAAAGAUGGAAUUUACGAUGUUCCUGUUGUCCUUGUUGGUAAUAAAAUUGAUCAAAUUGAGGACAGAAUGGUUUCGUUGGAAGAAGGACAACGUAGGAGCAAAGAAAUUGGUUGUGUUUGUUUUCAUGAGAUAUCUGUUCGAGAGAGUAUUGACCAGGUUUGGAGCGUAUUUCGUGAUGUUUGCAGAUUUUGGAGAGUACACAGUAAAAAUCCAACGAAAUUGCGGAGAACAGCUAGCGAAAAAGAACAAGCUUCUCCAGACACAAGCCGGCUUUACUCGACUGCAAUUUCUCCGAGCACACUUAUUCCACAAUCAAUUAGGCCAACGGGUACAAUAAACAGACGUUGGACAGAAGUAGAAGAGGAGGAGGAAGCGGAAAAAGUUGAAAGUCAAGCUUCCAGCCCUAACGAUAUCGGGCCUUUCCGAGGUAGAGCCUCCACCGACGGACAUCUUCAACAGAGACCGUGGAGAUGGAGAUACCCACCUCCAAAUUCCACAUCCACUGAACAGGUAUUUUCGACAACUAGAGCAGAAAGGAGAAUGAGUAUAUCGAUGAGAGGAAACAAAGCCAGCUAUUAAGUAAAUCAAAUAUUUGUGAAUAUAAUUUUAUAAAUAUAGGGCAUAUGUUUCACAAACCUUCUACCCC